GUAUGAAAGCAAUACGCGUUUAUUUUACUUUCGUUUCAGAAGAAGUUGGAGGCUCGAACCUGGGCUAUUACUCAAGUUGGUGGCCUCAUACUGCCAACUGUAGUAAUGGCAGCAGCUAGAUUUGGAGCAAAAUUGAAGUCAAUCAGGCCAAAUCAGAAAUACCAUGCCUGUAUUUCAUAUCACACAAACGUGGAGGAAACUGUGGAAAAAAGCAUUGUUAAGAGAUUGGAAAAGCUCGACUUCAAGAUAACAAAAGUAUCAUGUGAAAACAAAACCAACUUUUCUAACAGUCUGGAAUCCUCAGAUGCAUGGGUGGAGGUAGUUACUGAUGAGUAUGAAAAAUGUGAACAUUGUGAGUCUCGCUAUCAAAUGUUCACAAAAGUAAGAGAGGGAACUAAAACAAAAUUACUGCAAAAAUGGAUACACAUACCACAGGAUGAGAUCAAAGAUAAAACAGUCCUUCAUGUCCACAGCGAUUACUCUGCUGACGUAGACGCAUUUAGUGGACAAGAAAAUGGCUGGCUUGGUGAUCUUCAGCUGGCUAUAGUCACUCGAUUCCAUGCCUUCCUUUCCUACCAUGAAUCUGAUAAAGAAAUGGCAGAAAAAAUCAUGAACUGGUUGAAAGAAAAAUGCUAUUUGUUUACUCACAAGGGAAAGUUUCUGUCCUUAAAUGAUACAAAGAAGGCAGCAGUGGAAAAGAAAAUGUCAGAAAAAAUAAUAGUAUUGUUCUCUGAUUCAUAUAUGAAAAAUCGAAGUGAUCUUGAUUUAGUUCUGCCUGUCUUGCAAGACAGAGGUCCGGCAGCAUGGCUCCCAGUGGUCCUUGAAUUCAGCAAUGAUGUCAAUCAUUUUCUGGACUACCUUCCAAGGCUUGUACUGUUAUCAAAAGACAUUAUUGAUGACCAAAAUAAAACUGGCACUUGGGAAAAAGAGAUGGAAAAAUUACAGAAUGGUAUACAUAAGGCUGACGGCUUGCCUUCAGACUGUGGAACAACAGGAAGAGACGGGCCUCCAGAAAAACUCCCUUUCCAAUCUGUCAAUAACUUGGUGCGCUCUGUUGGCAAAAUCCAUAUCCAUGAAAAAAAUAAAAUGACAGGGACAGGAUUUUGUGUGGGGAAGAAAGAAGAUAAAGAACAUCGCUAUGUUUUUACAGCUUAUCAUGUCUUUGCAAGAGCAAUUGAUGAUAUGAUAAAACUUUUGGUGGAUCAAUGUAGUAAAGAGCAGAAGGAAUCAUUGCUUUUAAAGAUUUGUUUUCGGGAAGAAAAGUUCAAAGAUCACUGGCAGACAUACUGCUUCAGGCAAACAAAAGAUGGAGGGGUUAACUUUGGAGAUCUCACAAAAGAUUCCACGAAAAUCAGACAAACAUUGGAUGAAAUGUGGAGUGCAAAAAUUGACUUUCUCAAUCAGAGAACUUUUCAUUUGGAGAUGGACAUUCCAUUUAUGAGUCAGACACACGAUGUUAUCAUAUUAAAGAUGAGAAAAAAUGGCACUCUAGAGGGGUCAACAGAUUCCACUCUCCCAGCCCCGUUAAAAAUUGAUUACCAUAGUAUUAACGAGUUUUGGCACCUGGCUGGAUGUUGUGCACAGGACAAAAUAGCAGACAUUUCUAUCGCUACAUGGUGCCCUGUGUUUAAGAACUUUUCAGUUGAACACUCCGAGUAUUGGUGGUCACGCAGAAUAUCAUGUACAAAAAAACAGGAGGAAACACACCAGGAAUUUGCUCAAAUGAAGGAUUUAGGUUGGGUGCCUUUUAAAUGCACAGAUGAUUUUAAAGAAGGUUGUUCUGGUUCACCCUGUUGGAUUGUGGAUCAAGUUUCCAAACAAGUUUAUGUACAGGGGCUGUAUCUUGGCUGCUUGCCUGAUGCGUACUUCAGUGAAGAAAAGAAAAAACCAGAGGACUUAGCAUUUCGUCAUAGACCAGAGAGAGCACUACCUAUGAAAAAUAUCUAUGAUCUACUCAACACUUCAGAAAUGCAUGCCUUGAUCUUGAAUCUUGGAUUCUGUGUUCAGUAGAAAAUCUGUUUAUAUUGAAAG